CAUGGAUCUCUGUGAACUUAAAGCUAACUAGAGAUGAUUGUUUGAGCACCACAGGUUCUAAAUUAUUCAUUUGAAAUGAUGGAAUAUGGCCUAAACCGACAGAUGCGCGAGAACUCCGCCAGGAAAAUCCAGGCAUACUGGCGAUCCUACCAAGAUCGGCGACUCUUUCGCCUGCUAUUAAACACUGUGCGCUCGGCAGAACAGUGUCUGACCCCAGCAGUUCUACGCCAGCUCAGCCCACGAGAGGCACACCUGCUGAGAGACCCCAGCCUUCCAUGCAAGGUCAGAUUCAGAUUCUCAGGGUCUCAGUUUCCACCUGUAAUUGUGUUCAAGAUUUUCCACCUGGGCCAAGGGAUGCACUACUUGUCGGGAAAAAAGCUCUUCCGGCCUUCUAAUCAAGCCACUGCAGACACCUUUCAGAUAAUGGGGAAGAGGAAGUUUGUGGAACUCAUGACCAAGGACGAGAUUCAGUGGCGUGACCAAGCAAUCUCUGACCCUGCGGACAUCACGUGCAUGAGAGACUACAUGCAGUACUCUAGCCACUUAGACGAGUUACCCAUCCAUCUGGGGGGCAGAGGAAAUACCUGGAGACAUCUGUCCCUGAAAGCGCUGUCCCGGAACUGCCCGAGUACGGAUGGCGUAGCUGACCAGAGAAUAAGCAGUGUGUUGCGCAGCCUGCAGAAUGAGGCCAUCUCAGGACCCAAGGCAGGUGGACAGCUUGCUCUUCCACUGAGGUCCCCGGCUGCACGCCUGUCUUCCAGGGUCUCUAGCUUGGCACCCCAAACCUGCACACGUCACUCUGCCCGGGUACAGCACAUUAGGCGCAUGAGACGCCUCUACACCCCGGGUGAACACGAGAGGGUGUUGGCUAAAGAACAACAAAAGAAAGGCACUCUCAGGACGGACAGGAAUGACAAUUAUCUGGUUACACAAAACAAGGCUGAUGAAAAAUGUAUUCUUUCUGACACACCUCUGCCACUGGCUUCGGAUGAGGUCACGAGUGGCACUUUGCGCGCGUCCGAUUCCGAGUGGGAAGAGGAAGCUGAGAAACUCUGCUACUGGUCCAAUCAGCUUGCACUGGAUGGCAUGGAGCAAGAGGACGAUCUCUGAGCACCUGCACAUUCCAUCAUGAUUAAAAUAAAGUUCCAGUUAUGAAUAUUCA